GUUAUUCUAUCACUGAACCCCUCUCCAACCCGCUCUAUACCAGAUCCGAAAUCUACAUCCAGAUUCAAGAUGCCCAGAGAAUUCAACCCACCCAAGCGCAAAGCCCACGACAUCUCCGACGACGCUCGCGCCCCGUCAAGAAAGAGAAUCCAUCUGCAGGCCGCCGCCCGCGAAACCCCCAACAACAAAUAUCCCUCCGUGAACGAGCUGAAGAGACGGAUCCGCGAUGUCAAGCGUCUUCUGAAGCGGGCGGAUCUCCCCGCCGAUGCGCGGAUCGUGCAGGAGCGCGCUCUCGCCGGGUACGAGAAGGAUCUUGCGGACGAAACCCGGAGACGCGAUAGGUCGAAGGUGAUUAAGAAGUAUCAUUUUGUGAGGUUUUUGGAUCGCAAAACAGCGUCGAAGGAGGUAUCCCGUCUCACAAAGCAAAAAGAAACCCUGGCGAAGUCCUCGGAUCUAGACGCAAAGGCAAAGGAGAAGAAGCUGGCGGCGUUGGACUCGAAAUUGCACGUGGCGCGCGUGAACCUGAAUUAUACGAUGUACUACCCGCUUCAUGAGAAGUAUAUUUCUCUCUACGCGGUGAAGAACGAGAAGGAUGAGACAAAAGAAGGGGAGGUAGACUCGGAUGGUGGUGAAACUCAGUUGACCGAGGAGAGUGCGGCGGGGAAGAAGGCUAUGUGGCGUACUGUCGAGAAGUGCAUGGAGGAUGGAACGCUUGAUCUGUUGCGCGAUGGGAAGCUAGGUGCGAACGAAAAUGCAGCGGCAUCGCAAUCGAAGAAGCGUAGCGGUGACAAGGCGAGACCGAGUGCGGAAAGUGCCGGAAAGAGUAAGGAAAGAAGUGAAAAGUCGAGUGUCAAGUCAGACAAGACCGACGUUAGGAGAGGGAAUACUCAUAAGCAACCUACUACUCAGGAGGUGGACAAUGGGGAUGAAAGUGAUGGGGGUUUCUUUGAUAUAUAGUCACCGUUUGGUUGCCUGCAAGCAUUUACCGGAGUUCCAUGUCGUUUAUUCUUUGUUCUGCCGAGCUGUUUGUCUAAGAAGGUUACAGCGGAUACCCCAUCAUUGAUAUUGAU